CUUCCUGCCCCUUGUAAAAGACAACCAUGUCCACUUACACACAUCCUGUCGCCGCUGUGACCUCCCCCGCUGCUUGGGCUCUGAUCGAGGACAAGUUCAGACCUCAUGCGAAGGAGAUGCUUGCUAAGCUGGUCGACUUCGUCCAGAACGAAGUCGUGCCUGCCGAGCGCGUCUAUCUGGCACAGAUCCCCACAGAUCCCGUAAAGCGAUGGCAGACGAUCCCGCCUAUCCUGGACGAGCUCAAGACGAAAGCUAAGAAGCUCUGUCUGUGGAAUAUGUUCCUGAGCAAGACGCACUAUCCGGAUGUGGGGAUCGACUUGACUAAUUUGGAGUACGCCCUCAUGGCUGAGGUAAUGGGUCGCACAGGAGCUCUGGCCUCUAUGGCUACCAACUGCUCGGCACCGGACACAGGCAACAUGGAGGUAUUCGCUCGCUAUGGUACUCCUGAGCAGAAGAAGAAAUGGCUUGUGGACUUGAUGGCGGGAAAGACGAGGUCGUCCUUCUCCAUGACAGAACGCUUCGUUGCCUCUUCCGACGCGACGAACAUCAGGACGUCAAUUCGGAAGGAGGGAAACGAGAUCGUCAUCAAUGGACAUAAAUGGUGGAUCAGCGGCGCUGGUGACCCGCGCUGCGCCGUCCAUCUCGUUAUGGGCAAGUCCGACCCUACGAACCCAGAUCGGUACAAGCAGCAAAGCAUCGUAAUCGUCCCCGUCAACGCACCAGGUGUUCGCGUCGUCCGACCCAUGACCGCAUUCGGGUUCGAUGACGCGCCUGAGGGACAUUGUGAGGUUAUCUACGAGAAUGUGCGGGUUCCAGAGAGCAACUUGAUCGCUGGCUGGGGGAGGGGAUUUGAGGUCAUCCAGGGAAGGCUCGGGCCUGGACGCAUCCAUCAUUGCAUGCGCUCUAUUGGCCUUGCCCAGCGCGCACUUGAUCUCAUGCUAGAGCGCAUUACAGACCCAACGAGGAAGACAUUCGGCAAGUACUUGCACGAGCACGGAACGAUUGUUUCCAAUGUUGCUAAAUCCAGGGCGGAAAUCGACUCCGCGAGGCUUCUAGUGCUGAGCGCUGCGAACCAGAUUGACAGGGCACGCGCUAAAGGAGCGAUGAAGGAGAUUGGUAUUGCUAAGUUCGUCGUGCCGUCUAUGGCGCUCGACGUUGUCGACCGGGCGAUGCAGUCUUUCGGCGCCGAGGGGAUCUCGCAGGAUACGCCGCUGGCAUAUUUCUUCUCCGGAUUGAGGCAACUGCGGUAUGCUGAUGGACCAGAUGAAGUGCACAUCCAGCAGAUCGGAAGGAAGGAGAUUGAGCGCGCGCCUGAGCUGGUGCGGCUCAGCCAAGUUGCGGCUCGGAAGGAGAAGCAGCUGUUUGCGAGCGCCGGGCUUGAGGCGAGGCUCUGAGAGCGCGUGGAGAUUGAAUGAGUUCGUGCAGUUGCAUCUCCGGGCGGGUCAAACGCUUCCAUGUGCCCAAGUCCGCGCGCCUAGGGAUUUCAGGUACUCGGUUCUUCACUUGAGAG